AUGCAAACUUCCCGUCUCCCUGCGAUAGCAUGCCUACAUGCCCGUCAAUUUCAAACAGACUACGCGCUACACACAGUGCCUUCGAAUGAACCUCUGAAUUUACCUGUCUUAAUAAAACGCACUGCUUUCGCAGACCCCGAUUUGUUGUGUGACAAGACGGGGGCUCGCAGUUAUCUGCUUUGCCCCAAGGAUGAGUUGUCCUGCCAGAAGGUCUUGAUGACUGCUACAUUUGCGAAUGUCAAAGUUGAAACCCCGGCUUUUGUGAUGGGCAAAGAUGACAAAAAGGAGUGCUUUAAGAGCAAAUACCCGUUUUUCCGCUUGCCGAUAUUGGAGACUGGGGAGGGGCCAAGCCUCAUGGGCUCCAACACAGUCUGUCGCUUCCUUGCACGAAUGAGGAACGACAAGCGCCUCUACGGGGAAACGCUGCAGCAUUCAGCAGAGGUGGAUAUGUGGCUAGACUUCUGCGCAAACGAGCUAGAGGUUCCUCUACUUGCGUGGGCAGCUCAGAGCUGCGUUGCCAACAAGGCCAAGACCGAUGUAACCAUCGCUCUCCGGGCAAUGAAUGAACAUCUGAAGCUCCGAACGUACAUGGUUGGAGAGAGAAUUACAAUUGCAGAUCUUUGCCUAUGCGUUGUUGUUUGCUUUGCGACGUCGAAAUUCGGUUGUGACCUUGUUAAGCCCUAUCUUGAGGUUUCACGUUGGAUGGAAACCAUCUGCAAUCAAAAGCCCUACAAAAAUAUCUGCCCGACCACUAGCAACAAGCCCUGUGUGGCUUCGAGCUCUGCUCAAGCCGCGAAGCUGGAUGAUGACGGGAAGAAAGCUGAGGCUGCGGAAGAAGUCCCCCCGCCACCCAAGCCAAAGUGUGAGUUGGAUCAUCUUCCACCUUCCUCGCUUGAUCUGAACGAAUGGAAACGCGUGUACUCUAAUACCAAGGAUCUAAAAGGUCAGGCUAUGCCCUGGCUGUGGAAGAACUUCGACGCCGCUGGAUACUGCUUCUACUACAUGAAGUACGAAAAACUCGAAGGAGAAUGCACCGUUCCUUUCCUCACAUCUAACCAGCUUGGAGGUUUUCUUCAGCGUGUUGACAACAACUUCCGUAAAUAUUCGUUUGGAGUCAUUAAUGUCGUUGGCAAGGAUUCUAGCUACGAUAUCCAAGGCGUUUGGAUGUUUAGAGGCCAAGAUAUCCCUCAGAUGAUGAAGGAGCAUCCAUCCUUUGAGUACAAUCUAUGGAAAAGGCUGGACCACACAACUACUGCAGACAAAGCCCUUAUUGAGGACUACUUCUGCAACGAGGAUGAAGUUGAGAAGACCCCAAUUGCCGACAGCAAAGUCUGGAAGUAA